AUGGCCCCACAUCCAUUUGGGAAUCCAGCACAUGCAAGUAUUCUUUUUUAUUUGUACUGGACUUUUCAAUCUUGCUUUCUCUGUAUUUCAUUUUCCUUUUCUAGGAGCAAUGAUUCACAAGCAAAAAAGUCUAUUAGCUUUAUUGGUGCAGGAAAAGGAGUUCCAGCAAAAGGAUAUGCUGGUGCAAAUCAAAGCAAAAUGGGCAUGUCAAAAACCACGCUUACUCAAUCUGAUGCAAAGGCUGUAGAAAAAAUGAAUAUUCCCACCACAAAGACAAUACAGGUUUUUGAUGUAAAUGGAGUUGAUGUUACUCCCCGGCCUCUUUAUCAUCCAGAUCCACAUUCUGGUGCAGCAAAGCCAAGUAAACUAUUAACAUCACAAGAAGGAUCAGUUGGAUCAGACUUUAUAGCUUCAUACAGCCUUUAUCAGAAUACCUUAAAUCCUAGUAUGCUAGGACAGUUUACAAGAUCAAUUUUAGGAAGCAGUACAAUUUCUAAGUCAAGUGUGUCAACAACAGAGUCAAUAGCUGAAGACAUAGAAGAACCGUCCUUCAAACGAGAAAGACUGGCUAGUUUUACAGAUUUACGAGUUAUGAGGGCAGUGCAUGAAACGGUUAUAACAAAAGAAGACCUUGAGAAAAAUGUAGAUAUAAUACUCACCGAGACAGAAACACUGAAAUUGUUUGACCUUCCAACAGUCGUGAUCUCGGUAGACUCUGACGAAGCGGAGGAAGUGAGGAAUAAAAACAAGAAUUAUGAAAUGCUUUGUAGGAAUAGAUUAGGCAAUGACUUAUAUGUUGAAAGGAUGAUGCAGACUUUCAAUGGAGCACCAAAGAAUAAAGACGUUCAAUGCGAUAGAAUUGUCAUGGAAGACAAAGGCAUAAUGUCCACUGCCUGGGAUUUGUAUGAUUCUUACAAUGCCCUGGAACGUUCAGCUUCAUCAGUAAAACACCCUGCCAUGGAAUCAACUAGCAAAGCAAGUGUCCAUUCUAAAGAACGGGACCAAAAAUUGGGGAAUACAAUGGAAAAAAAUAGUGAAGCUAGUUCUCUAAUGGAUAUAGAAAAUGUAAUUCUGUCUAAAGUCCGUGAAGAUGAAGAAGACCACUCAGAAGCAAUAUUAAAAUCGGACAAGUUUCACCAGGACUUAUUUUUUAUGGAACGAGUGGUAAUGGCAAAUAUAUUUCAGCCAAAACUUGCAGCUUACCGUCAGCUUCCUAUUUUGAAAGAACCAGAACCUGAACAGCUUAGAGACAUUUUAGCAGGGGAAAAGCAUGAAGAGGUGGAAGAAGAAGCUAAACAGGAAGAGGAAGAAGAAAUUGAAAUAAAUGCAGGACAGUCAACAAUACCAGCCAACUUGGAACGACUUUGGGCUUUUUCCUGUGACUUAACCAAAGGUCUGAAUGUGAGCAGCCUUGCUUGGAAUAAAAUGAAUCCAGAUCUUUUGGCUGUCGGCUAUGGGCACUUUGGAUUUAAGGAACAAAAAAGAGGAUUGGCUUGCUGCUGGUCAAUAAAGAAUCCUAUGUGGCCAGAACGUGUUUAUCAGAGUUCAUCAGGAGUUAUGGCUGUGGAUUUUUCAAUUGGAGCACCCAACCUUUUAGCAGUUGGCUAUCACAGUGGUACAAUUGCAAUUUAUAAUGUACAGAGCAAUAGUAACACUGCUGUUCUGGAUAGUAGUGAAUCACCUCAGAAACAUUUGGGACCUGUAUGGCAACUACAGUGGAUAGAACAAGAUCGAGGAACCACAGGUGAUGACAAAAGAGAAAUACUGGUGUCAAUAUCAGCUGAUGGGAGAAUCUCCAAAUGGGUGAUACGGAAAGGACUGGACUGCCACGAUUUGAUGAAAUUAAGGCGAACAACUUCUGGCAGCAGCAAGAGAGGAAUAGAAAAGGAAAAGAAAGGUGAAGCCUUGAUAUCGCGACAGGCUCCAGGAAUGUGUUUUGCUUUUCAUCCCAAGGACACAAAUAUCUAUUUGGCUGGCACUGAAGAAGGUCAUAUUCACAAAUGUUCUUGUUCAUAUAAUGAGCAAUACCUAGAUACCUACAGAGGACAUAAGGGGCCAGUGUAUAAAGUAACGUGGAAUCCAUUUUGUCAUGAUGUGUUCUUAAGCUGUUCUGCCGACUGGGGAGUUAUGAUAUGGCAACAGGAGAACCUUGAACCAUUUUUGAGUUUUUAUCCAACUACUUCUGUUGUUCAUGAUGUUGCCUGGUCCCCGAAAUCAUCUUAUAUAUUUGCAGCUGCAAAUGAGAGCAGAGUGGAGAUUUGGGACCUUCACAUAAGCACUUUGGACCCUCUGAUUGUGAAUUUUGCUAAUCCUGGAAUAAAAUUCACAACUGUUCUCUUUGCCAAGCAAACUGACUGUCUUCUGGUGGGAGAUAGUGAUGGUCAGGUCACUGUGUAUGAACUAAACAAUAUGCCUACUGCUGUGGGUUCUGGCCGGGGAAAUAUAAUAAGCACUUUGCUUGGACCAAAAUCAAACCAAUCAGCAUAA